GACUGUGCGAGCAGGUGUUUGGGGCUGAGGGCCGGCUUCAUUCGCCCCCCUUUCGACGGGGGCAGCCCACCCCGAGGGACUAGGCUGAUUAGAGCCAGAGCGCGACCAUGCCCAGGAAGAAGGCGGCGGCGGCGGCCUGGGAGGAGCCGAGCUCGGGCAACGGCACGGCCCGCGCCGGGCCCAGGAAGCGCGGCGGCCCGGCGGGCAGGAAGCGCGAGCGGCCCGAGCGCUGCAGUAGCAGCAGCGGCGGCGGCAGCAGCGGCGAUGAGGAUGGCCUGGAGCUCGACGGGGCCCCCGGUGGGGGCAAGCGCGCGGCGCGGCCGGCGGCGACCAAGGCGGGCGGCGCAGCCGUGAUCAUCACCGAGCCCGAGCACACCAAGGAGCGCGUCAAACUUGAAGGGUCUAAGUGCAAAGGCCAGCUUUUGAUUUUUGGGGCAACCAACUGGGACUUGAUUGGUCGAAAAGAAGUGCCUAAACAGCAAGCUGCCUACCGCAAUCUCGGUCAGAAUUUGUGGGGGCCCCAUAGAUAUGGCUGCCUGUCGGGGGUCCGGGUGCGGACCGUGGUCUCGGGUUCGUGCGCUGCCCACAGCCUCCUCAUCACCACGGAAGGAAAGCUGUGGAGCUGGGGUCGCAACGAGAAGGGGCAGCUGGGACAUGGUGACACCAAGAGGGUAGAAGCCCCCAAACUCAUUGAGGGUCUGAGCCAUGAAGUGAUCGUGUCUGCAGCAUGUGGACGGAACCACACCUUGGCGUUGACGGAGACGGGCUCCGUGCUUGCGUUUGGAGAGAACAAGAUGGGGCAGCUCGGCCUCGGCAACCAGACAGACGCUGUCCCGAGCCCCGCACAGAUCAUGUACAACGGUCAACCAAUUACCAAAAUGGCCUGUGGGGCAGAAUUCAGUAUGAUAAUGGACUGCAAAGGGAACCUCUAUUCCUUUGGGUGCCCUGAAUAUGGUCAGCUGGGACACAACUCGGACGGAAAGUUCAUCGCCAGGGCGCAGCGGAUAGAGUAUGACUGCGAGCUGGUACCCCGGCGAGUGGCCAUCUUCAUCGAGAAGACAAAAGAUGGGCAGAUUUUGCCAGUCCCCAAUGUGGUUGUACGGGAUGUGGCCUGCGGCGCUAACCACACGCUGGUCCUGGACUCUCAGAAGCGCGUCUUCUCCUGGGGCUUUGGUGGCUACGGCCGCCUGGGCCACGCCGAGCAGAAGGACGAGAUGGUCCCUCGCCUGGUGAAGCUGUUCGACUUCCCCGGGCGUGGGGCGUCCCAGAUCUACGCUGGCUACACCUGCUCCUUCGCUGUCAGUGAAGUGGGUGGGCUGUUCUUCUGGGGGGCCACCAACACGUCCCGCGAAUCCACCAUGUACCCAAAGGCCGUGCAGGACCUCUGUGGCUGGCGAAUCCGGAGCCUGGCUUGUGGGAAGAGCAGCAUCAUCGUGGCCGCCGACGAGAGCACCAUCAGCUGGGGCCCGUCGCCCACCUUUGGGGAGCUGGGCUACGGGGACCACAAGCCCAAGUCCUCCACCGCGGCUCAGGAGGUGAAGACGCUGGACGGCAUUUUCACUGAGCAGGUGGCCAUGGGCUACGCACACUCCCUGGUGAUCGCUCGAGAUGAAAGCGAGACCGAGAAAGAGAAGAUCAGAAAACUGCCCGAGUACAACCCCCGGACCCUCUGAUUCUCCCGAAGCCCUGCAGCCCCACACCUCCCGCGGCAGCUGUCAGUUCCACGUGCACUGGGACCGGACGUCCAACGAGGAAUUGAAAGAAAGCAAGAGUUGACCGAAGGUGCAUUUUUGUUAGACUCCCUGAGGUUCCGUUUUAUAAGUGAUUUCAACGUCAACUACCUUUUCUGUAUGCUUUCCAAAGUGUUUUUUUUUUUCUUCUAAUGUUUAAUUAAAAUAUUUGCUCAUAGUUGACUUACCAUUCCUACAAAAGAGGCAGAAACUCUGAGCAACCUAGGUUUUUUUUUGUUUGUUUUUUUUUCCCCCAAGUGGUUUUUUUCUUCCUGCUCCUAAACACGUUUCUCAGAACACCCCUUUCCAGUCGUAACUAGCAUGUGAUCCGAGCGGGUGCUCCCUGGGAGAGGAGUACCCGUUGACGCAGAAAGAAAGGUCCCUUCUGGGAGCCAGCAGCGGCUGGACAGAGACAGUGCUGGUGGUGGAUCUCCAUCCAAAAAUCACGCCCGCCUGCUUCGGAAGCAUCUGGGUCACUUUCUUUCUCGCUUUUUCCUGUAGACCAGCCGAGGCCGUUUCUCUCCUUGGCUGCAACAUUAUUAGAAAUCUGCCAUUUCCCCCCUGGUGGGGGCUCUGGGGUCUGUGUUUAGCCAUUUUUUAUAUACUUUAGCUAUAAACGUCCAAAUGAAAAUCAGGUGAUUGUGGACCCAGUGGGACUUGGGUGGGCAGACGAAGGGACAGCAUGUCUAGUUCACGGGCGGCUCUGAGGUUUCUCGGGACGAGCUGGAGCCGUCUGGCCAGCACUCGCCAUUAGAAAUUGAUCAGCCAGCAGUUUAAAAAAAAAAAAAAAGUGCAUUCUGGAGUCCUUGCAAGGAAGGAUCAGCCCUUUCCGUACCAGCCUUGAUCACCUCUGUGCUUCUGUCUCUAUCCUCCGCCGGAUCCUGCUGGAACGGGCCCAGUCUCUGAGACGCGGGGUCCUGUUCUGCUAACCCAGCUCUCUGGUCGCCUUGCUUGGCUGUGGUACCAAAUAGUUGGGAUUCCUGAAAAGUCCCCCUUCCCCGCGUAUCAGCGCGGAUCUGUGACUGCCACCCCACUUCCCGCCACGCGCCCUCUGCCCGAGCUCGUCACCGACGGUGCGCUGCUCUGCGUGAGUUACGAGGUGCCUUUCCCGGACCCCUCCGCUCACUUGGACCCAGGAGAGGCGACAGCUCUGGCUGGGGCUCUUGGUUUCGAGAGGGUCAGGACGGGUUUGGGUGCUUUAAAAUAGAUUUUUUUAGUUCCGUGGUGCUUCUGGGGGAGAGGGGGUUCGGACUUGGUGGGACACGUGGGGGGAUGGGAGAGUUGAAUAUGGGUCUUUUUAUUCUUUGCUUUGCUAUUGUUACCACUUGUCAUUGUCUCGAUGUUAAAAUGCCAAAAAUGA